CCGACGGUGCCACACCGGCGUCGUUUUGUCCAUCCGGCGUGAGACAGACAGCCUGCCUUUGCACAUUUAUGUCUCGGUGUGGUGAAUCCGUUGGAAGCCGUUUGUGUUUAGAAUGCGUCCGGGAGCGCGCCGCCUUCCGCGCACUGAUGCCGCGCGCUCCUCGGUGUAUUUGUGGAUUUUGUGCGCCGUAAUUGCUGUCUGCAGAAGCGCCGUGCACGAUGGAGAAACUAAGCAGAGUUCACCGAAGAGCAUCCUGGAGCAUGUGCAGAGUUAUGAAGUUACUUAUCCCAUUUGGCAGCAUCCUUACAGACACAAGAGGUCGGACACCAAAGAGCAUCCUGCAGAGACACAGGUUCUGAUCUCGGCUGAGGGACGGGAACUCAGACUACACUUACAGAGAAACCAGCAGCUAUUGGCCCCUGAAUAUCAGGAAAUAUGGUACACUCCCAGUGGAGCCCGCAUGUCCUCCUCUCCUGCCAACACUGGGCAUUGUUUCUACCAUGGGGAAGUUCUGGGUGUGAAAGGUUCCAGUGUUGCUGUGAGCACAUGCUCAGGGCUCAGGGGAUUGGUUUCUGUAAACUCGAGUGUCAGCUACCUCAUAGAGCCACUUCCUGUUUGGCGGGACGUGCAGCAGCACGCUGUGUUCAGAGUCGACAGUCUCCAUCUUCCCAGGGGCAACUGUCUGCAUCACCAUGGUUACAAGGAAGCAGUCCUUAAUAACUUCAUCCAUGGACUGAUACCACCACAGAGGGAAAGGCACAAAAGGGACAUCAGCCAGAAUUUCAAGUAUGUAGAGCUGCUGCUUGUGGCAGAUAAUGCAGAGUUUCAGAAGAACGGGCGUAGCCUCGAGAAGACCAAAAUGAAAUUACUGGAAGCAGCCAACUAUGUCGACAAGUACUAUAAAGCUCUCAAGAUCCGCGUGGCACUGAUCGGACUGGAGGUGUGGUCGGACCAUGACAUGAUCAGUGUUUCAGACAACCCUCACAGCACCCUGGCAGGCUUCCUGGCAUGGAGACGGAAAUACCUCCACAAACUGCCCAAUGACAACGCACAGCUCAUCACGGGAGUGCCGUUUCAGGGCACCAUCAUCGGCAUGGCACCCCUGAAAGCCAUGUGCUCCGAGUACCAGUCUGGUGGUGUGAACACGGAUCAUUCUGAGUUGGCAGUGGGUGUGGCUGCCACCAUGGCACACGAGAUGGGUCACAACUUUGGUAUGAGCCAUGACAGCACUGGCUGCUGCAAGGCCAAAGAUGAAGACGGAGGAUGCAUCAUGGCCGCCGCUACUGGGCACCCAUUUCCACGUGUAUUUAAUGCUUGUAACCUGAGGGAGCUGAAGGCCUACCUGAGCUCAGGAGGAGGGAAGUGCCUCUUUAACCUUCCAAAUACCAGGACCUUAUACGGAGGACAGCGCUGCGGUAAUGGCUACCUGGAGGACGGAGAAGAAUGUGACUGUGGAGAGGAAGAGGAGUGUAAGAGUCCUUGCUGUAAUGCCAAUAACUGCACUCUGAAAGCUGGAACUGAAUGUGCUCAUGGUGUCUGCUGCCACAACUGCAAGUUGAAGAGCCCGGGUGUGCUGUGCCGUGCACCCUCAGGCCCGUGUGAUCUGCCGGAGUACUGCAAUGGCAAAGCAGAGUCGUGUCCUGCUAACUUUUACUUGAUGGAUGGCACAUCGUGUGCAGGCGGGCGGGCCUACUGUUAUACCGGCAUGUGUCUCACCCUGGAGCAACAGUGCCAGGCUCUGUGGGGACAAGAUGGUCGUGCUGCACCUGACCUUUGCUUUCAGCAGGUGAACGAGGCUGGGGAUAUGUUUGGGAACUGUGGCAAAGAUCUGCUUGGGAAGUACAGGAGCUGUAAAGACAGGGAUUCUAAAUGUGGGAAGAUUCAGUGUUUAAGUUCAGCCUCCAAACCCAUCAGUUACAACGCUGUUCUCAUACCCACCACAAUCCGUGUGGGGAGUCAGGAGCUACUGUGCAGGGGAACACAUGUCUACAAACCUGGACAGGACGACUGGGAGGAGGACGGCGACACUCUGGAUCCAGGCCUGGUUCUGACGGGCACCAAGUGUGGUGAUGACUCUAUAUGCUUUGAAGGAGAAUGCCGCAAUGCAUCUUUUCUCAGAGCUGACGAGUGCAGUGCCAAGUGUCACAGACACGGGCUGUGCAACAACAAUCAUAAUUGUCACUGUGACCCAGGCUGGGCUCCUCCUCUGUGUGACCAGAAGGGGUCAGGCGGGAGCGUGGACAGCGGACCUGUCGUCAGCCGCAGCCAUUUCAUGGUGCUGCUGGUCCUCCCUCUGGUUCUCUUUAUGGUUCUGGCUGCUGUUGGACUGUGGUGCCGCUACAGGGAUAAGCUCCACCCACUGAAAUGCUCUGCCCCACCUCCACCAAAUUGUUCAGUCCCAGAAGAUACCAGGCGUCUGCAUGCUGACAGCCGUGUGAACGGUCACACCAACCCCACAUUCUUGCUGAAGAAACAGGAAUCGGAUUGCCUGGACAAGUCUUCUCCUCAUCCAAGCCUGUCUAUCUUGACUCGGUCCAGACAUGCUUUUCCACAUCUGCCUGUAAAACCACCUCCCGUACCUGCAUAUGCUGCAGAAUCACAGACUCAGCCUCAAUCUUCGACUCAGUUGCGCACAAGCUCCAAUCCUCCAGUUACAUCUGCUCAUUCGAACAGGUGGAGAAACCAGGCACCUCCACCGCCUUCAGGACCUCCACCAUUACCCUUCUUGGACACCAGAUCCCACUCACACAAACUUCGACCGGAUCCCCCGAACAGACCUCCACCACCUUGUCCUGUCAGCAGACCAUCCAGGGAACAACAGCCAAUUACACGCAUGCAGGUUACGACUGAUGCCCUGCAGUGGAAAAAAGCAGCUCUGGCUCCAUCUGCUGGACAGAAAAAGCCAAACAGAGCCUGAAUCAAGGACUCGGGGAAAUGCUGGCCUCCAAGACUUACAGCAAAUACUGGACUGCCUCAAACUGUCUUGAGAGCACGGCACUGUGGGAUAUGAUGAAUACUUGAUUGGAUUUGUGUGAUGAAAUUGUGAAGUUGUUUAUUGAAGGGAAACAGUUGAAUUAGCAAAUGAGACCGUAUCACACUUCCGCUGAACUUCAGUGUGAAUAAUUUGAUUCUGGGAUUUAGGUUUAGCAAAUGUUAAAUUAAACGUAUCAGACAACUUGCCACCACAGACAAAAAUCUGUGUAUUGCACUGCCUGUGUGCUGAUCCAGCGAAGUGACCCUCCUGAAAAUUACACUUUGUGCGCUAUCCAUCUGUCUGUGCGUGCUUAUGUCAUAUCUCAGGAAGCACUGGUUGUACAGUCUUUAUUAUGGUGUUAUAUUAUUUGCCAGUUGCAAGUUUCUAUAGGUUUGACUGGAACACUUUGCCAGAAACUGAAAUGUUGCCACAGUAAUGUUCAAAUGUGCCAAAUUUUACCCAGUUCUCAGAUCUCAGAAACCACUGAGUUGAGGAAGCAGGUUUUAGGCUUAUUAUCCCAAAUUAACCUUACCUCCAAUUAAAAAGUUUACCUGAAAAGAACCACAAAUGCAUGUUUUGACCUUUAACCCUGAAUAAAAUGCUGGAUUUCAGUAACAGGUCACCUCAAUUGCUCUGCUGCAGAAAUUACCUUAAUUGAAUGUAAUGCAGAAGGCAAAUGGUUUCAUAUACUGGGAAUAUUUUGACACCUAAAUCAAGACUAUGCUGCCAGUCCAAAAAUCUUGACAAUGUAGUGGGUUGUGCAGUGCAGGGAAGAAAAAUACCUGUUUUAAGAUCUUUGUUGUCCAAAAUGGUGAUACAGAAAAUGCUUUGUGUUGACACACUUUCCCUGGUGUAUUUCUUUAUACAGCAAAGAAAAAUGAAUGUUUACAAUGUAGCCUAUAUGUAGUAAACAUGGUGCCUGAAUAAGAGCAUCAGCUGCAAAAGGAUAUCUUAUAUUAAGAAAAGAUGCUAGUAGUUAGGUGCUUAUGCUUAUUUGUGAAUAAUAAUAAUAAUAAUAUUAAUAAUAAUAUGGUUUAAAAUUGACCUUUGAGGACCAGUGAAAGUUGUACAUGCAUGUUGUAUGUACUUGUGAUGAAAAACAAGUGUCCAACAUGCACCAGGGCAUAUUAAGGAAUAUUGAGAUUUUAUUAUUUUAAACGUUCUUAUUUUUAUACAAUUGUGGUGUUGUACAGUAUUUUUGCUAUUACAUACUUAUCUACACAGGUUUGAAAGGAGGCUUUUAAAGGUACUCAGUCCAUUUCUAGAUAUACAAGAAAUAUAGUGUUUUCUCCCGGAAAUAUAAUAUCAUCUGGCAAGAAACCACUUUCUUACUUUCAAAAAAAAAAAAAAAAAAAAAAACCAAAACAAAACAAAACACUGCACACCAGGUCUAAUCAGUAGUGCCAACUAGAGUACAAAUUAUAGCACACACCAUCUGGUAGUAGUACCAUGCUACUACCACAUGGAUGAGGCAGGUAGUGAAAAAAUCAUGGCAUGUGAUUUGAUAUGUGAUUAAAAAGUAAGAGUGAACCAAAAAUGUGUCAUAUUUCAUGUUUAUGUGAAAGAAAUAUCUGCAAAUGUGGCCAUAGUACAGCAAUCUGCUCCAUGGCAUUGGUGCUGGUUAUGCAUCGCUCUUAGUAUUGUUUUAUGCUUGCUAGAUUAAUUAAAAUUUACAAUAGAGCCAAUAUAUGGUCAUGGAUAGACUCCAAAAUCCAUUUCAGAAGCAAUUACCCACAUUUUUUGAGUAGUUAAAUGAAUUAUAUACACCAUUAUAUUUGGUCUACUGAGAUCCAGUUAUGAUACACUGUAGAUUCUAAAACCACAACUAAUACAUAAAUAAAUAAAGCCCUGCGUGCCCUGAUUCAAUCAUGUACUUGCACAUCCUUUAACUUGUCAGUGAAUUCCAAAUGUUGAUGGAGCUUCAGCUCUGCCUUCAUUGAAUAUCUACAUUCAUAUUCCCUUCCAAUCACUACUCUAGGUUUAUCCCUCCUGUAAUCAAAUACCUUUGUUCCCUUCUUAACACUUGACCUUGAACUUUUCCGUUUUCUUAAAAACCUUCCAAUUGGUGUUUCCCAAUAUUGUCCACCUUCCUUUCUGUUUGCAUGUUUUUGUACAUACGGCAGAUUGUACCUCUGCUCAUGCAAUCUUGUUACGGAAAACAGAAACAUGGAUUGUGGGAACUAACACAUAGAACCAAAUCAGUACAUAAAACCGGUUAAUAAGAGAUAUAAAGCCUGUCAGUCUGGCUUCGCUUUGUAUUAAGCAAAUUGGACCAAAUACAGGAUAAGACACAUAGUUGAAAGUGACUGAAUGCCUUUAAAAUUUUGCAGUUUCAUUGUUUCAUGAUAGUUACCAUGAAAGACCAAUGCAAAGACAUCUUAACAGUGUAAAAAUGGAUCAAUAAAUAUCUUGAAACUUCACAAACAACAACAUGAACACCUUCCACACAAAACUAUACAAUUAUCACAGCAACCAUAUAAGCAGAUGAAUAUGUAAUAGUAAAAACAUUUUGGUGAGAGUGUCAAUUUAAGAUGACCUUGAAACCCACAAUAGAUUUUAUUGUGUAUAUUUGUCACUGAUAAUAGUAGUGAUGAAGUUGUUUUUAUUUAGUGCAACAUUUCACAAGAUUUUCUGUGUUAAAAAGAAACAACUGAGCCAUAGUUUCCUUCGCAUAUAUGUCUGUAAAUUAUCUUAGAAAUACAAAAUUAAAACAUAUUUGUCAAAUUUUCCCAUUGUCAGUCGAGAUGGGAACAUUUUAACGUACUUGUUCAAAGACGUUAAUAAACCUGUACAGUUCCCUCCAAGCCAAAAUGCCAUAGAGGUACUCUCUUUUAUUUCUGAGAAUGCUGUCGCAACAGUGAAAUGUGUAAGGUACAGUUCAUAACAGCAGUCCAUUUGUAGGAGGACUGUUUUGGGAAAUGUUUAAAUGGUUGUAAGGAAUGAAGCUGCCAUGUUGAACUUUGUAAUAAGAACUAUGCAAACUCAGGCUCUGUGAACCACUGUGACUUCAACUGGAACUCAAAUAAACAAAAUGAACAA